AUGCUGACUAUACUAUCUCUAGAUGGUAAUGACUUCAAUGAACUAACGAGGUCAUAUAUGGGCUUUUUCCAUUCUCCUGAAUUUGAACAGUUCUUAAAUACUACGCAGACGGGUUACGCACACGAGUCAGCAGGAAUUGAAUUUAGCCUCCUAGUAAGGACUCUAUCCACAUCUUUAUGCUUUUGCACAGCUCAAUUGAUCUUCUUUUGUUUCUUACGACCUAUUUUUAAAUUCCUAUAUCAACCACGUUGCUACUGUGUUCCUAUUAAUGAGCGGAUGGAUCCGUUACCUGAUGGUAUGUUGACUUGGGUGCUACCAACGUUCACGUACAGCAUCAACUACUAUUUAUCUAUGGGAUUAGAUGCAUACUUCUUUGUUCGAUUUGUGAGUAUUUUGUUGCUUUUCUUCAUAGUCAUAGGCUCUUUGAACAUGAUUGUUUUGAUACCUAUCAAUUGGACUGGAGGUAGCGGUGAUUAUUCUGCAUCGGGUCUUGACAAGCUCAGUUUAUCGAACAUAUCUAUCUCAGAAGUACAAAGGCUAAAUGCUCACUUUUUCAUGUGCAUCGUGACAGUUGGAUUUUUUCAUUGGCUUAUCAUUUACGAAUUUCAAAGCUUCGUUAAAAUUAGGCAAUCCUACUUGUUAUCUUCAAGUCACAGUGACUCCAUCAUAUCCAGAACCAUACUAGUUGAUAAUGUUCCACCGCAUUUACAAGAUGUUGACAUUCUUGCAGAUCUUUUUGAGUCCGUUCCUGGGGGUAUUAAAACAAUAUGGUUCCUUUACGACUUUAAAGAAGUGAUGCAAGAAGUAGUCGAGGCUCAGGAUGCUUUGGAAUUACUAGAACUAAGCCAGAUCAUUUAUUUGAAAAGGUAUAUACGAAAAAACUUCAAGGCUUCUGGCCGUGUUCAUCUUCGCCUUAAUACCAAAAAAAUUCAAGACGUUUCAAACGAAAAGGAACCUCACAAGGAGGACGAGUCUUUGAGGCCACUUUUUUAUCCUCCAAUAUACUUUAGAGCAUUUAGCAUGCUUGGUAGAAACUUAACUUUCAAGCUUCCAGGUUAUAUGAGAAUCUUGAGACUUGAAAGAAGAGUGUCAAUGAUUGACUGGUGUAUCCAAACUCUUCAAGAUAAGCACAAGGCAAUUGACACGCAAAAAGUACUAUUAACAAUGGACAAACUUCCUAAACAUAACAAGUUGUUUUUAGAAUUUAAUACUCAAAAUGGAGCCAGUAUUGCACAUCAAUGUUUGUUAUCUCAGUCGCAAUUCAAUUUAGACCUGACCUUGAUGGAGGUUCACCCUGGAGACAUAUUAUGGAACAAUCUUUCGAGGAACAAUGUACUUUUUUGUAUAAUAGAGAAGUAUUUCGUCAAUGUUUUGUUUAUUUGCAUCAUUAUUUUGUAUGUUAUUCCUGUUUCAUUCAUCGGCUUAGUUUCCCAACUUCCACUACUCACCCAACUCAUGCCUUUUCUACUGUGGAUAUAUAGAUUUCCAGAGGUCAUAAGGCAAACAAUUUCAAGCUUCUUACCUUCGGUGCUUCUUUCAGUAUUGACAGAAACCGUUAUGAUCACAUUCAGAUUUUUAACUUACUUUAAAGGAGAAAUGUCCGGGUCCGACUCAGAGCUCGAUUUGCAGCUAUGGUACUUCGCAUUUUUAUUUGUGCAGCAAUUUUUGGUAGUCACUAUUCUGUCCAGCAUUACGGUUAUAUUUAAGCAAAUAGUUGACCAGCCGACCUCAAUUCCAAUCCUAUUGGCCACUAACCUACCUAAAGCUGCAAACUUCUUUUUUCAAUACAUUGCACUCAAAGCGUUUGCUUUUUGCGGAAGCAACUUUUUAAGAAUUGACCAAUUGAUAGCACAUUAUACUAUCCAUAAAAUAAUAGAUAAAACCCCAAGACAAAAAUUCUUCAGGCUCACAUCUCUACCUAAGAUCAAAUGGGGGACAAUAUAUCCAGUUUAUUCAGUUUAUGCAUCUAUUGGCCUUGCGUAUUCCAUUAUUUCUCCACUCAUUACUAUUUUCAUAAUUUUCAUCUUAAGUUUGGUCUUGUUAUAUUACAAGUAUGCAUUGAAAUACAUUUACAAUCAUGUAAACGUAUCUGAAACUCAAGGAAGGUUGUACCCAGUUGCAUUAUUACAUUUGUAUACUGGUAUAUAUUGUUUGGAAUGUUGCUUGAUAGGAAUCUUUUUUUUGCUGAAGAAUGAAUUAGGAAGUUGUCCCAUGAAAAUACAGGGAUGGUUUAUGAUUUGUGUGCUACUCGCUACAAUAUUCUCCCAUAUCGCUAUAUACAAUAGGUACUCCAAACAUUUCACCCGCCUUCCAAUAUUGCAGGAUAAGAAAUUUAAGAAUCCUAAUACUGUUGAAAACCUAAAAACAGCCUUGGCUCUUGAAAGGAAACGGCCAUACACGACAACCAAAGAAGUUAAUCAAUACUACCUGAACCAAAACUUGCUAUAUUUCCAUCCAGCUUUCAAAUAUGAAAGACCCAAACUAUGGCUCCCUGAUGACCCAUUGGGAAUUAGUGAAUCCCAAAUACGAGCCAUCGAGUCCAAAGGAAUAUUGGAAGGGGGCGAAACGAGAGGCGUUACUUUGAACUUCAAUAAAUCAAUCUCAUGUAUCAACAUUAAGAUAUCCGAAGCUCCUCCUGAUUAUAAAUGA